CACUCCUUCACCUAUUAGAUCUAUUCAGCUCACCUCUCCUGCUAGACCUUCAACACCUAUUUUGCCUACCUUUUUCACUAGACCUUUAACUUCUAUUCAGCCCACUUCUCCCACAACACCUUCAACACCCACUUCUCCCAUAAUACCUUCAACACCCAUUCAUCUUACUUCUUCCACUAUAUCUCCUGUUGUUAUCAUCUCUCCUUCGGCUAUAUCUACGUUAAGGCAACAAUAUUCUACACUUCGAUUACCUGGAAGUACAAAAAACAAUACUUUACAUGAAGAGAUUGCACAGCUAAGGUGCCAAAUCUCAGAUUUGGAGGCUACAAAUCGAGAUAUAAAGAAGGAAAUAGAAACUUUAGUUAUGAUUAAUGAUAAAUUAGAUAAAGAAUCAGACAUACAGUUAGAUUCUGAUAUUUUCAAAAGUGACGAAAAAAGUGAAGGCAAAGGUGAAGUUGAAAAGAAAUCAUUUGAUCAUAAACCACUGCCACCUGAAACAAGGUCUUUUGACCUGAAAGCUGCUAGG